CAUCAGACAGACAACCGCUCUCUUAGUUAACACUUGACUGUCAGAAGAGUGUGGUAAAGAAAAGUAAAGACCAAAGACUGAAAUCUGACAAUUCCCUCAAAACAGCAGAAAAUGUUACAGAGGGCGGCAUCCAAUGUGUCAGACAAAGCAAAGAGCAACAAACCAAAGCGCUCCACAAGCUUCGGCAGGUUUGAGGGUCUCAGAUAUCAUUCAUCACAGGCCAAACCAGAGGAAAAUGGAACAACUAUGCUCACAGAGGAAUGUGAAAGUUCAGACCCCCAUAAAUCAGCUGGACUUGGGAAGAAAAUGAAAGCAAUUUCACUGACCAUGCGCAGAAGAAUGGGCAAAAAACACGUAAAGUCCUUUUCUGAGGAAACAUGUGAUGACACAGACAAAGAUCCAGACGCAGAGACAGAAAGUGUCUCUCCAGCUGAGAAAAACUUUGCAAAGACAAGCAACUCUUUAGAGAGUCUUUACAGUGGCCAGAGCUCUUUGAGUGGUGUGACCAGUGAGUCCAACGGUUCUGGUCAGAGAGACAGUCUGAAAUUGGAGGAAGACAGCUCCUACCAGGGACAGUUCUGUGGCAGAGCUCGGGUCCACACAGAUUUUGUUCCUAGCCCAUAUGACACAGACUCCCUCAAACUCAAGGUCGGUGACAUUAUCAACAUCAUCAGCAAGCCUCCGAUGGGCAUCUGGACGGGUAUGCUAAAAAACAAAGUGGGCAACUUUAAGUUCAUCUAUGUAGACGUUUUGGUGGAGAAAGAGGAAGAAGAAGAAGCUCCUAAGAUCCGACCACAGAAGCUAUGCAAAAGACCUCGACCUAAAACGCUGCUGGAGUUACUGGAGCGAUUGAAUCUGGAGGAAUACGCCUCUGCCUUGCUGCUGAAUGGCUAUCAGACAGUGGAGGACCUGAUGCACCUGCAGGAGAAACACUUGAUAGAACUGAACGUCAAAGACCCCGAACAUAGACGCAGGCUACUGGCUGCUGCUGAAUGUCGCUACACAGAAGGUGAUGAUGUCAGGGAUGCAGAGGAGCACAAGUCCUCCCACAGUCUACAGGAAGAAGACAGUGACUGUCCCAGAGACUCAGGCUGUUUCAUCCCAUCUGAAUGUUCAGACAGCAAAGAGGACACAGAGCAGCUCACAGAGCCAGUGGAAUCGUAAAGGGAUUGUUUGUCAGAUGGAUACGUUGACAUUUGGAAUAGCGAGUUGCAUGUUUUCGGAUGACUUCGAUAAAAAUGGUUAAAAAAAUAAAAAUAAAAAAAAAUACUUUUAAUCCACUCCAGAUGUAUCUUUGUACCCCUAUUCCAGCCACAAGUUUGCCUAAUGUAAAAGCUUUUUAGAAGUGUAACAGGAAAAACAAACAACCAGCAUUCUAAAUGUCAUCUUAUCCUUUUGUUGCUUUAUUGAGAUAAUAGUUGUAAAUUUUGAUUUUUUUAGACUGUUUUUUUUAAGUUGCAGAGGAAAUGGCAUUUUAUUGCUUUUAUGUCAAUUAUAUUUAUUGCAUUCUAAAGUCAUUCAGUGUUUUUGCAUAUAAAGCCUUUAUUUAUCACAACUGCAUCAUUUUUAACCUUUGUCAUUACAUCCAAUCUCACUUUAUCUUCCAGUGUGUGUGUGUCUGUGUGUGUCUGUGUUUUCCUGUGCAUGAAGUGGUAUUGAUGAAGGGAUGGUUUUGGAAUUCUGGUGUCUGAAUAUGACAAAUGCAUAUUCAGAUCUUGCCUAUAUUUUGUACUGUACAGAUUAAUGUGUGUUAUUUUCUGAACAUGUGUGUGAGUGAAAGUGUGGGUCAGAGAGUCUGUGUGUACAUUUAUGUGAAAGUCAUCUGUUUUCACAGUUUUUUGUAAACAAAUUAAAGAAAUACAGUAAAAUAGGA